GACGCCAAGAAGUCAAAACAAAGCGUAAGAMGUAAAAUGGCUCGUAAUUGAAGAAAUUAUCAUUCUUUCACGCGUCAAAACUUACGAAAGAUGAUGCUUUAGUUUGGUUAAAACAUUCAACAAUGGGACACUCUGCAAGCAUAGCAAAGAAGUACCAACCACGCCACAGUGGGCAUGGCAACAAUGAUGGAAAGGACGACGACGAUAAGGACUCACUAGCAACAGUGUCAAGCUACAAACCCACAUCACCUCUAGCCCACUCUGAUGCACAACAGUUCUCAUUUUCACCUCAAGACAGACCWCCGAGUCGGAAUGGACAUGCUAUGAACGGCACUAUUCCUAAUGGGUCGUUAGGUUAUCGGCGUCACACUACGCCAUCUUCAAGCACAUUGGGUACACCUCGUCUUCACUCUAUGAGAGAYGUCAAUCAUUUCCUUGUUAAAAAYCCUGAAUUGUUAAACAGAAAGAAGACCAAAAGAGUUAUGCAGAAGAAUGCAUUUGAUGACAUUGAGAAUCACAAACAAAUAAAAACAAAGCAGGAUCUYUACUUGGGAUUAUUYGACCCACCGACAAUUUACGGCAAGGGCGUGGACCCAGAAAAACAGCUUAAAAUAAACCAGAGGGUCUACUUGCAACUGAUUCAUCCAACRUAUGGUCAGCAGUAUUACAAACCAUAUCGCCCACUCAUUCCUGAUAACAUGAUUGUGGUCAGAAAAGAUGAUGUCAUGAAGAAGCCGCUGCCACGUGAAAGGACCCGCCCACCACUUAAGGGUAUGGAAGUYACUCRAGCCAGUCCUGCWGCAUUGAUGGCAUCACAGCAACGCACCCCAUCUAGGCAGUCCCAGAAAUCRAUGUCUCGUUCAAAGUCCCCACAAAUCCCUAAUGGCCAUGUUCUUYCAUCCAGCACKCCAAUUAGAGGCACCCCAAGAAGGCGGACAAAUGAAUAUGUAGACAUGCCRUCAUCAUCUCUGAAAAUGAACAAGCAUGGUUCCAGAUUAUCAAARCUCAACCCAGAUUUAAUGGAAGUUGAAAGAAGGUUUGAAUCACAAAGUASYWGUCUUGGCAAAUCUGCAAAGCAUGAACCAAAACAGGAGGACAUUGURUUUGACUAUACWGUGGAAGAACUUGGACUCAAGAAAAAGACCAGAAGCUCACAGCRUUCACAACCUAAGGACUCUCCAGGAAGUGUUGAACCCUUGUACUUUAGGAAAUCACUUGCAUAUAAUCCAAGGUAUUCAACUAGAGGGAACGUGCUGUCAGAUCCUUUAUAAAUAUAAUAAAAUCAUUCUUAUCAAGACAAAAAAUAUAUACAAUAUUAUAUAUAUUUGUUGAAGGUCGAAAAUGACAGUAGCAGAUCCAGUAAACAGUUGCAGGGACUUUUUGCCUGUUAUCUGUGUCUCCUUUUUGGUAUUUUUUUAUUCUAUUGAGACCUGCAACCUUUCCUGGCAAAAAUCUUGGAUCUUCCAAGAUGUAUGAUUUCUGGGGUUGUCUGAUUCAACAGCCAACACUGACUCACUCCAAGUCUCGCUUAUUAAUUCUUUCCAUUGCUUGGAAUUUCUGUGUUGUGAUUCAAAAUUAAUCCCACUUUUCCAGUCCUCUCUCAUAAUAGGGCACAAAGAGGGAGAAAGACGUUGUUGUUCUCCCGUUCUAUGUGUCCUGUUCUUUCGAAAGCAUUUGUGUCAGGAAACAAGAAAUUUGAAUCACACCACAGGAAUGGAAAGAAUGGAAAAGCGAGGAUCGGGGCAAGUCUGCAGCCAUCAAGAACAUAAAAGUCCWAAUGAAUAGACAAAUAGUUUCAUUCCUAAGAAUUUGGUAGCAUUAUACAAAAGUUCAACUCUUGUCAUGGUCACUCCCUGCUACUGUAGGAGAGAGUUGAUCCAUUUUGGAAUUAUGAGAUUGGAAUUAUGAGUGUCUGAAAGCAGGGUGUCAUAGUUGCUUUAUAGGGGCUGAUUGAUUUUAUAAAAAAGCUAAAUCAUAAAUACUAUGCAUUUGAUAGUAAGCCUGACAUUGAUUUGAUUUUUGUUAGUUUUGUUGGUUGUAGGUGAUGAAAAACAUACAGAUUCUUUGUAAUAUUUAAUUAAAUUAUAUCUAUAUUUUUUAAGAUUAAGAUAGGUAACCUACUAGACGGCAAAUGCUAAAUGUGUGAAAUUAUACUGAUAUGGUAAUCCUUCACUUUCUAAUUGUCUAAUCAACAAAGUUCAGUGCCUAAUUGGUUAGUGCUAUGUUUCACACUUUUAGGAUUGUGCUCAACCAGAAUGAUUUUAUAACUUAUUAAGACCAGAUUUUGUAUCAGUAUGCCAGUACUUCUUGGUACAUGCUGUGAUCAUUCCUCAAUUAAGUCUUUUCUCAGUUCAAUGAUCACACCAUGUCAUUGUGCUGGCCAUUACACAGUCAUAUCCCUUUUUAAAAUCUGCKUUGAUAUCUUGAAGGAUACAGGUAGCAUAAAUAGACGGGCAUUAGUACCUGCUCCAGUUGAGUAUGGGCUGUAGAAGUCCAGAAGGGUCUAGGUUUCUCUGCCCAAACUCUYUAGAUGAGCUAGGAAAGCCUGCUGGCUAUUUGUGUUCUCAGCAGCCAGAUGUUUGAGGCUGCCUGUGCUGUGAAUGAGAGCUGCCAUACUUGGGGCCAUGUGGGACUGGGCUUACCCUCUCAUUUUGGUGUUUCAAACAGCUCUGUGCCAGACAUGAAUUAUUAGAGAGGGGGCUAAUCCACCAUUUGCCUUUGGCUAAAGAUUGCUUCAUGGUAAUAUAUUAAUGAUUCUUAAGAUCAUCAGCCUCGUUUAAACAUUUUUAACAAUAGUGUUUAAUAUUGAUUGUGUAUACAGAUCCCUAAGUCUUCCUUGUCAGUGUCCCGUGACUUCGUCCAUGAGACAAAUGGGGGCUUUUGGUUUUUUGGCUAUAUGUAGAUAGAUGCUCAUUGUAUAUUGUAUAAUUUUGAAAAUAAAAUUAGUAAAGAUACAAGCUGA